AUGGCCCGGCACCGCAACGUGCGCGGCUACAACUACGACGAAGACUUUGAAGAAGAUGAUCUGUAUGGACAGUCUGUAGAGGAUGAUUGUUGUAUUUCACCUUCAACAGCUGCUCAAUUUAUCUAUUCAAGACGAGAUAAUCCUUCAUCAUUUGCUGAAACAGAAGAAUAUGGCUACAAAUAUACUGAACAUAGCAAUUACAGUGUCUCUAGUCAUCAACUAACAGGAGUUGAAAAAGCUCAGCUUGAUUCGUGCCUUGACCACAUGAGGGAAAUACUGGGGGAGUCUGUGCCAGAGAAGGCGAUGGUGGAAGCAAUAUUGAAUAGCAAAUUUGAUGUGCAGCAAGCUUUGGAUUCCGUGCUUGCACAAAUUAACAAGCAAGAGAUGAAGAUCGAGAAUAAAGAUACUGUCAUUUCAGGAAAGGCAACAAAAGGCUUAUUCUGCUCAGAAAUAUUUUCUGACGUUAACUUGACUAAUUUGCUGCAAGAAACUUCAGACUCUGCUAGUUACUGUUUUGGUCUUAGUGAUCCCGUAGUCAGAUUGGAAAAUCCUUCGAAUUCUUCAAGUGACAAAACUUUCUGCAGACCUAAAAAAGUCACUAUACCUUCAGUCAGAAAGAAAAACUUAAAAUGUUCUUGUAAGUCUUUGGGAGCUCUUCCUGUACCAGUUAGUGGCAUCCUUAAUGACAAAUCACUUUACAAAUCAGUUAACAGGCAGGCUACACUCCCACUAGUUAACAGUAUUUGUACAAGCCAGAGAUUUUGUAAUAAAUGUGAUGCGUGCUUUAGUUCUGGAGUUAAAUUCCUGGAAAAGAAUUCAUCAGAAGAGUCUUCUUGGGAUCAGACAGAAUUGAAAGGCAUUAAGGACUUGAAAGCCUUGCUGAGAAGUAAAGAAACAGGUGGCUUGACAGAUGUCCAAAGUAAUGCACUAUUGGACUUCCAACAGAUAUCCGGUAAGGAUAGGACUAGUACAACCAGAACUGAAUCUGAUGUCGUGCCAAAAGUCACCAAAAUGAUUGUGUCUGGCAAGAAACGAUCUACUGGCUUUGAAGUUCCAGGUGUGGAUGCUAAGGAGAAUGGGCAUAAUGCUCUUAUGCCACAAAAAGGACUCUCAGCUGGAGAUGCCAAUGUAAGUUUGGGGAAAACUGAGAUUCUGUCCAAACCAGCUCUUUCAUCUCAGACUGUCCCAGCAUUAGAAGAACAGACUACAGCUCCUAUUCCAAUGAAGAAGUCUACAAAAGCAAAGCAACAAAUAGACGUGAAAGCUGAGUUGGAAAAGAGACAAGGAGGAAAGCACUUGCUUAACCUGGUGGUAAUAGGACAUGUUGAUGCAGGAAAAAGUACUCUACUGGGUCACUUACUCUAUCUUCUGGGCAACGUCAAUAAGCGAACUAUGCACAAAUAUGAGCAGGAAUCCAAGAAAGCUGGAAAGGCAUCAUUUGCUUAUGCUUGGGUUUUAGAUGAAACGGGGGAAGAGAGAGAGAGGGGGGUGACAAUGGAUGUCGGUAUGACCAAAUUUGAGACACAAACAAAAGUAAUUACAUUGAUGGAUGCUCCUGGCCAUAAAGACUUCAUUCCAAAUAUGAUCACAGGAGCUGCACAGGCUGAUGUGGCUAUAUUAGUUGUGGAUGCCAGCAGAGGAGAGUUUGAAGCAGGGUUUGAAACUGGUGGGCAGACACGAGAACAUGGGCUAUUAGUUCGAUCACUUGGGGUAACACAGCUGGCCGUUGCAGUCAAUAAAAUGGACCAGGUGAACUGGAAACAGGAGAGAUUUCUGGAAAUUGUUGGUAAACUUGGGCAGUUCCUUAAGCAAGCUGGUUUUAAGGAGUCAGAUGUAGCUUACAUCCCUACCAGUGGGCUUGGUGGUGAAAAUCUUGUCACAAGAAGUCAGUCAAGUGAGCUGACCGAAUGGUAUGAAGGAAAAUGUCUGCUAGAACAGAUUGAUUCUUUUAAGUCACCCCAAAGAUCAGUGGAUAAACCAUUCAGAUUAUGUGUAUCAGAUGUUUUUAAAGAUCAAGGAUCAGGAUUUUGUGUCACUGGUAAAAUAGAAGCAGGCUAUGUCCAGGUUGGAGAUCGACUGCUAGCAAUGCCUCCUAAUGAACUGUGCACCGUUAAAGGAAUCGCCCUGCACGAUGAACCAGUGGAUUGGGCUGCAGCAGGAGAUCACGUUAGUCUCACUUUGACUGGCAUGGAUAUCAUCAAAAUCAAUGUUGGCUGUGUAUUUUGUUGUCCCAAGGAAUCUAUUAAAGCCUGUACACGCUUCCGAGCGCGAGUCCUCAUCUUCAAUAUUGAGAUCCCCAUCACCAAAGGAUUCCCUGUGCUUUUACAUUAUCAAACUGUAAGCGAGCCCGCCACUAUUAGAAGGUUAUUGAGUGUGCUUCACAAGAGUACAGGUGAAGUCACAAAGAAAAAACCUAAGUGUCUGGUUAAAGGACAGAAUGCUCUGAUAGAAUUACAUACACAAAGACCUAUAGCUUUAGAACUUUAUAAAGAUUUCAAAGAACUUGGAAGAAUUAUGUUACGCUACAGUGGAUCUACCAUAGCAGCAGGAGUUGUCACAGAGGUAUAG